CCCUUACUCAGAUCUAAAGAAAACCUAUCAAGAUAAAAUUUAACACCGACCUCAAGAUCAAAUCUUUCUUUAGUAGCCCUUCACAUUUUCCAAUAAAUCGCAGACCCCUUCCAGCUCGUUGCUUAUAAGCUCAGGGUCACCAAAAAGUUGCCUUCUUUGUGAAAAAAAAUCUCAUUUUUGAUGAGCUUUCGUUCUUAGAUCUGUGGAUUUCAAUUUGGAAGGAGAACCCUAGAUUUGUCGAGAUGGGGAAGAUCGGGGGAUUUGUUCUGUUUGUUGUGUUGAUUGGGCUAGGGUUAGGAGUUGAAGGAGAUAAUCACAAGUUUAAGGAGGGGGAUCAUGUUCCUUUGUAUGCCAACAAAGUUGGGCCUUUUCACAAUCCAAGUGAAACAUAUCGGUUCUAUGACUUGCCAUUUUGUACACCAGAGCAUGUGCAUGAGAAGAAAGAGGCUCUUGGUGAAGUUCUAAAUGGCGAUCGUCUAGUGGAUGCCCCAUACGAGUUGAACUUUCGUGAGGACAAGCAAUCUAAGACAGUUUGCAAGAAGACUUUGUCCAAACAAGAUGUUGCAAAGCUUAGGGAUGCAGUGUCAAAGGACUACUACUUUCAGAUGUACUAUGAUGACUUGCCCUUUUGGGGAUUCAUGGGGAAAGUUGAGAAAGACAAGCUUGAACCAAGCGAAUACAAAUACUUGCUCUUUAAACACAUUCACUUUGACAUUCUCUACAAUAAUGACCGUGUCAUUGAAAUCAAUGUCCAAACUGACCCGAAUUUGUCUGUUGAUAUCACGGAUGAUAAGGAAGUGGAUAUGGAGUUCUCAUAUUCUGUUACUUGGAAGAAGACCGAUAUCCCAUUUGAUAAAAGAAUGGAAAAGUACUCGAAAUCAUCUUCUAUGCCACAACAUCUUGAAAUUCAUUGGUUCUCUAUAAUUAAUUCAUGCGUGACUGUUCUUCUUCUAACUGGGUUUCUUGCUACAAUCCUCAUGCGUGUGCUCAAGAAUGACUUCAUUAAGUACUCGCAUGAUGACGAGGCUCUUGAGGACCAAGAGGAAACUGGAUGGAAAUAUAUUCAUGGGGACGUCUUCCGGUUCCCCAAGCACAACUCUUUGUUUGCUGCUGUUCUUGGUUCAGGAACUCAGCUCUUAGCUCUCACAAUAUUCAUCUUUCUCCUCGCACUUGUUGGAGUGUUCUAUCCAUACAAUAGGGGAGCUCUUUUCACAGCUUUGGUUGUUAUAUAUGCUCUUACCUCUGGCAUCGCCGGUUAUACUGCAACUUCCUUCUACUUGCAACUAGAAGGGAAAAACUGGGUGAGGAAUUUGUUAUUGACUGGCUGCUUAUUCUGUGGACCACUUUUCUUGACUUUCUGUUUCCUUAAUACUGUCGCGAUAGCAUAUAGUGCAACUGCAGCCUUACCCUUUGGUACAAUCGUUGUGAUUCUUCUUAUUUGGACAUUGGUGACUUCCCCUUUGCUUGUACUUGGUGGUGUCGCUGGUAAAAAUGGCAAGACCGAGUUCCAAGCUCCGUGCCGAACCACAAAGUAUCCGAGAGAAAUCCCUCAACUUCCAUGGUAUAGAGGCACUAUUCCUCAGAUGGCAAUGGCAGGAUUCCUUCCUUUUAGUGCUAUCUACAUUGAGCUGUACUAUAUAUUUGCUAGUGUGUGGGGUCACAAAAUUUACACCAUAUACAGCAUCCUCUUCAUUGUUUUCAUCAUCCUGAUCAUUGUCACGGCAUUCAUCACUGUGGCAUUGACAUACUUCCAGCUUGCUGUUGAGGACCAUGAAUGGUGGUGGAGAUCUGUUCUAUGUGGAGGCUCAACCGGUAUAUUCAUCUUCUUUUAUUGUCUAUACUACUACCAUGCGAGAUCAGACAUGUCAGGUUUCAUGCAGACUUCAUUCUUCUUCGGUUACAUGACCUGCAUCUGUUAUGGCUUCUUCCUAAUGCUUGGAACUGUUGGUUUCCGUGCAUCCCUACUCUUUGUCAGGCACAUUUACCAUUCUAUCAAGUGCGAGUAGAUCAAUACGAAAUUCUCUAAUCACUUUCAUCCUUAAUUCAUUCUUAUAUAUCUUAAUGUAGUUUGAAUCAGCUGUGGCCUCCUUAUACUACCAAAUUUUCUCGAGAUAAGAAUGUUCAGAAUCUGUUUUGAAUCUAUAACAUGUAUUUUUAUGUUAUUUAAUUCCCAGUUGUAGCGUAUGACGUAUUUCCAGAAGUGGAUGUAUGUCUUAUUUAUUGUUUUGGAGUA